AUGUUCUUCCUCUACACCCUCGAGCGCCGGGUAACCCUCCACCCCUCCUACUUCGGAAAGAACAUGCACGAGCUCGUCACGGGGAAGCUAUUGAGCGAUGUCGAAGGCACUUGCACGGGCAGUUACUAUAUCAUCACAAUCAUGGACACCUUUGACAUCUCUGAGGGGCGCAUCUUGCCUGGAAGUGGAUUGGCCGAAUUCACUGUGAGGUACAAGGCUGUAGUCUGGAGACCCUUCAAGGGAGAGACGAUUGAUGCCAUCGUCGUCUCAGUAAACCAGCACGGUUUCUUCGCCGAAGCUGGUCCUCUCAGAAUCUUCGUCUCCUCUCACUUGAUACCCGGCGAUGUCAAGUGGGAUCCCAAUGCCACUCCUCCCGAGUUCACUAACGGUGAAGACAUGCACAUUAGAGUUGGAACUCACACACGUAUUAAACUGCUCGGUACUCGAGCUGAGGUGGGUGAGCUGUGGGCCAUCGGCAGUAUCAAGGAAGAUUAUCUUGGGUAA